AUGUAUUGGAACUUGACCGCUCCCAAGGCAACAAAGCCAACCACUAUUACUUUGAAUACACCAAACGAUUCUCCUUUCCAACAAUACAAAGAGACUGAGCCGAUACGAGUAGUUUUGAAUCUAUCAAGUUUAAAGGCAAACCAGCAAGAUGCAUUCAUUUGUGAUUCAAAUGAUAAGAACACGUUAAAAUUAGAUUCACAAGAUUUCAAGUUUGAUAACAUAUUCCCUACAAACUCAGAACAAAAUGAAAUGCUGACUGUAAGCACAAUAAAGGAUCUAUUUGAUGGGUAUAAUCAAUCUUUUAUAACUUAUGGGAAAUCAAAUUCAGGGAAAUCUGACACGCUGUUUAAUGAAAAAGAUGGUUUGAUUCGUCUAUUAUUCGAGCAACUAUUCAAAAAGGUCCAAAGUCUUACUGCUGAUAAUAACAAUAAUAAUACUAGGGAAGGAAACAAUAUAUUGACGUUUAACUUUAGCCUAUCAAUGAUGGAAAUUUUCUCUUCUGAAAAAAUCUACGAUCUUCUAUCAAACGAGUACACAAAGGAUAAUCCUAUACUGAAAAGUUUGAAAGUUCAUCAACAUGAUAUAAUAGAGAAUGGAAUUAAAGGUGAUAAACAUGUCAAAAAUCUGUCUCAUAUUCAAAUAGCUUCCCUUGACGAUUUACAAAAAUGGUUUAAAAUUGGUUGUCAAAGAUCUAGUGCUAUAAUAAAUGCGGGGACUGCCAAAGAGAAAAGAUCAAAUUCUAUAAUAAUAUCCAAAAUUCAUUUGGAACAAGUUAAUCCGAAGGAUCAACUUUAUAAAUUAUCCACAUUAAGUUUCAUUGAUUUAUACGGAAUAGAUAAAUUUACGAAAAAAGAUAUACAAUUAACUAACGAUGAAAUGAAAAAACUCAACACACUAAUGUCAUCCUUUCAAAAUUUAAUUACUACAUUAUCUGAUCCAAAAUCUUUACCAUAUACUUCAUCUCUUUAUAAAGAUUCUGCAUUAAAUAAAAUACUACAAGAUUACAUUGGUGGUAACAGUAAGACAACAUUCAUAAUACCAUUCCCAUCUCCAUCCAUAAUACAACAUGAAGAACUAAUAGAAAUGUUAAAAUUUGCCAUGGGAUUGAAAUCUAUUAAAAAUCCAUUAAUAAUGAAUGUCUUUGGUCUUAAUCUACAGAAGCAAAUGUUAUUAUUUAUAAAGAGUUCCAAAUUAAGAGAAGAGAAUUGCCAAACAAAGAUUAAUUAUUUGCAAUCUGAACUUGCUUUGAAAAAUAAAUUGCUUGAACCAGUAGCGACCGAUCAUCAUGAGGAAAAUUAUAAUGAUGAGUCUUCAUGUUCUGAUAAGGAAACAAUUAUGAAAUUGAAAUUGAAAAUUGAAUCAUUAGAACAAGUACUCGAACAUAUCUCAACAUCUGAAAAUCCAAAAUCCAAAACAGAAACUAAUGAACAUGAUGAACUAUUGAAGAAAUUAAUGGACAAAUGUGAAGACGUUGCAAAGUUACAAGUAGAAAUAGAGGCUGAAAAGAAUACUAACUCUAAAUUAAAGCAAGAUUUAAAAUACAGCGCUUCAAAACAACAUGCAUUAGAAACUAUGAAUCUUAAACUUUUAGAACAAUUACAAAACCAAGAAAAGGAAUGUAAAGAGCUUCUCAUCUCUGAAGAAAGACUGAAAAGAGAACUGGCAUCAGCAGAAAAUUUAAAAAAUUCCAAAGCAGAAAGGAUAGUAAUUUUAGAAAGGGCAAUAAAAGAUUAUAGAGCAUUUGAAAAACAAAAUACAAUCCUCGACGCGACCAGAAUCUACAAUCAUACAACCUAA